GUUCAGACAAAGAAGGAAGAAACUUUGCCACCAUCACUUAGUCAAAACAUUCCAACUUUCUAUUUUCCCCGAGGAUGUCCUAAGGAAAAAGUGAAUAUAGAUGCUGUGAUUGCCAAAAUUGAGAGAACUUUCUCAGAGUUUCCAAAUGAGAGGGCAACGUUAGAAGACAUGGGGAAGGUUGCAAAGGCUUGUGAAUGCCCACUUUACUGGAAAGGUCCUUUGUUUUAUUGUGCUGGAGGUGAACGAACAGGAUAUGUGUCAGUGCAUAAAUUUGUUGCAAUGUGGCGGAAAAUACUUCAGACCUGCUAUGAUGAUGCUGCAAAGUUUGUUCAUCUUCUAAUGAACCCUGGAUGCAACUACUUGGUGCAAGAAGACUUCAUUCCCUUUUUACAAGAUGUGGUGAAUAGUCAUCCUGGCCUGUCAUUUUUAAAAGAAGCAUCUGAAUUUCAUUCUCGGUACAUUACCACAGUUAUACAGAGAAUAUUUUAUACAGUAAAUAGGUCCUGGUCGGGGAAAAUAACUUGUAACGAGCUCAGGAAAAGCAACUUUUUGCAGAAUGUGGCAUUAUUGGAAGAGGAAGCUGAUAUUAACCAGCUGACAGAGUACUUCUCAUAUGAACAUUUUUAUGUUAUCUAUUGCAAAUUUUGGGAGCUGGAUACAGACCAUGACCUCUAUAUUGAUCGGAAGGAUUUAGCUCGACAUAAUGAUCAUGCUAUUUCAACUAGGAUGAUAGAGCGGAUCUUCUCAGGAGCAGUAACAAGGGGCAGAAAAGCACAAAAAGAUGGGAAAAUUAGCUACGCUGAUUUUGUCUGGUUUUUGAUAUCUGAAGAGGACAAGAAGACACCAACUAGCAUUGAAUACUGGUUUCGCUGCAUGGAUCUUGACGGGGAUGGUGCCUUGUCUAUGUAUGAAUUGGAGUAUUUUUAUGAAGAACAGUGCCAAAAACUAGAUAACAUGGCCAUAGAACCUUUGCCAUUUGAAGAUUGCUUGUGCCAGAUGCUGGAUCUCGUGAAGCCACAAUGUGAAGGAAAAAUCACUCUGCAUGACCUAAAGCGGUGUAAGUUGACAAAUGUCUUUUUCGACACGUUUUUCAACAUUGAAAAAUACCUUGACCAUGAGCAGAAGGAUCAGUUUUCUGUGCUGCGGGAUGGUGAAGGUGAAAGCCAGGAGAUCUCCGACUGGGAGAAGUACGCGGCUGAAGAGUACGACCUCUUGGUGGCAGAAGAAGCAGCAAGCGACCAGUGGAACGACGGGUACGAAGCAGAACUGAACCCUGCAGACCAUCAGAAGGCCAACGUCCUGAAGUACCAGAUGGAAAAACGACCCUUUUUUGAAAUGCCGUCCCAUCUGGCUGAUGUAGACCUGGAUGAAUACGACUACGAAGAGGACUUUGAGUAGUGGUUGCUCAGGGUGCAGAAGAGAAGGGACAGUCUGCAGCAGGUCUGCUACACACCUAUAGGUUUCAGUGGGGUUUGUUUCCAGGAAGUCAGCUGAGUCCUGUGCUAAAAGCAUUUAAUCACUACACUACCUUUUAAAUAAAAACGCGUUUGUAUGGAAUGGUGAAACUUUUUGUAUUUAUUCAGUAGCCCAUAGUUUGUAAAAUAGGUUAAAAUAUUUAUUUACAGAUGUUGCAUAAUUCCUUUUUGGAAG